CCCUUCCUCAUCUGCCACACUUCCCUAAUAUAUUCCAAUCUGUUUGGAACUUUGGUCUCCAAAACUCCAUUACUUUCCAAAUACUGAGAGAGGAAGAGAGUGUGAGAAGAGGAUGUGUUGCGGGAGUAGGAUCUGCAUGCUGUGCACAUGUGUGAUUUUGGUGGUGAUCGUGAUCGGGUGUCUGUUUGGAUUUGGGGUUUUUAAAAAUGGGUUUCACAAAGUGAAGGACACCCUCGAUUAAGGUUGUAGAUCAUAAUGGUACCCUCUUCUGUUCUUCCUUCAUCCUCCUCUGGUAGACCAAUUCUUGGGGGUUGGUUCGACAGCCCCUCUCUCUCUAUGUUGGAUUUCGUUUCUGUUGACAAUUCUAGAUGUUACCCAAAUCCAGAUCUAGGAAAUGGAAUGGUGGGUUUGCUUUUCUUCUUCUUUUUUCAAGUUUUUUUUAUUUUUAGAGUUGUAAAUACAGUGGAAAAUACGAUGAUUUUGUUUGAAUUGUAGUCUUGAGAUUUCUGUUGACUUCUAUUCCAUGCCUUUUUCUUGGAUUCCA